AUGUACUUCUUUUCUCAGCUCGCAUGGCUCCUCCUCGCAGGAGGUAGCCUGACCUCUGCAGCCACCAGCGCCUCAUCGAGCUCUGGUGCUUCUUCCACUUCUUCCUCAAGUUGUGCAUUGACUUCCGGGGACACCAAAGUGCUGGAGUACACCUACGCCCUCUCCCAGUUCAUCAGUAACUUCUACGCCUCCGUUCCAGUGAACGGCAGCCUCGCAUCCGCGAUCUCCAACAGCACCAGCGCCUCUAAGGCCCUUGCCAAUCUUCAAGGCAUUGAGAAGUCCAACAACCUCUCCGUCGAGGCCGUCAGAGAGCUCUCCUCCAAGGCCCCUGGCUACGAGGCUCCCUCUUGUGACUACACCUACCCAUCUGUGACCAGCCUCUCCUCUUUCGCGUGGUAUGCGUACAAGCUUGAGGAUACGCUCUCUGGCGCCUUUGUGGGCGCUGCUGGCUACACCAACUCCCCCGAGGUCGCUUUCCUGCUCGCUCGUCUGGCCGCAGAGCACAGUGCCCACGCUACCUGGAUUGGCAGCCGCGUCAACUCGACCAUGUUUAUGUCCAACGCUACCUCGCUGGUCUCCGCUUAUGCCCCUGACCAGGUGCUUCAGAAGACGAACGAGACUGGAAGCCUUGGCCUGUAUCUCGGUGACUGUGUGACCGCGCCCACUGGAUCAUGCGGUACCCUGACCAUUGGGCCGCUGGGAGCGAACCUUACUUCUUCUGGUGCAGCUAGUUCCUCCGGUGCGGCUAGCUCCUCUGGCGUGGCGUCUUCGACCCCAUUGUCUACCGCGACUGCCUCUGCUUCUGCGAGGCGCCACUAA